CCCUACAAGCAUGUAGCGACAUGCUGAAAAUAAACCUGUCUGUGUCAGCAGAGUAAAAGCAUAACCACCUUGUUCGAAGAUAACAAGGGAGCAGGGGUGGACUGACAACUCAUGGGGCCCACAGGCAAUAGGGGAUCAUGGGGCCCCUGUGCCCUUGUCCAAACUCACAAAAAAACCUAUGAAAAAGGUACCAGGGGCAUCUCAUGGGGCCCCCUACUGACCCCGGGCCCUCGGGCAGUGUCCGAGUUUCCAAAUGGUCAGUCCGUCCCUGCAAGGGAG